AUGAGUGACGUCGACGCCGAUGAGGUGAGUAGAGUAAUAAGUUAGGCUACUAGUUAGGCUCGCCACUUUUUCACUGGGUUUUGGUAUUUCAGCCUUAUCAGCACAUGGAUGCAGAAGUGAGUUAGGAAAAAUUUAUCAGUUUCGAUUUAAGUUAUUUGAGUUUGAAACCCCUGUCUCUUUUGUUCUCAACUCAAAGAAAUCCCAGUCGAACAAUAUCCAUUGUCAGGCGCGCAAGAUGGCGGAGCGCGAGCGCAAGAAGGAAGAGGUGCGAAAGCGUCUCGAGGAGGCGUCGAGAAUGAAAAAGGCGAAGAAGGGAUUCUUGACGCCGGAGCGAAAGAAGAAGCUCCGAAAGCUGCUGAUGAUGAAGGCCGCCGAAGAUCUGAAACAACAGCAGAUGCUCAAAGAGCAGGAGCGACAGCGUAUCCUGCAGGAGAGAAUCAUCCCUCUUCCGGAUUUGGAGCAAGAGGGUGAGCACGCUUGUUUCUUGUUUCUCAUAGGCUAUAACAAAGUCCACUUGUGCUCUUGUUGAAUCUGAAUUUUCGUACUGUUUCUUCAAUGUCUCAAGGGUUCGCAUUGCAUUCAAAAAGUUCGGAUUAAAAGCCGAAACGUUUAAUAGAAAGCAACGGCAUCUCAGCUGUCUGUAGAGAUAUAAGAGUAACAAAAUGUAGAGAAUUUCUUGAAUACUCGAUUAGUUGAUAAUUUUUUGGUAUCUCCACCGGCAACUGAGACACAUUGCCUUGAAUACACAUCUUCAGAUGACCUCGAGGCCACUUACGAUGAGAUCCGUGAGCGUCUCAUUGAGCUUGAAUCGGAAAACUACGACGUGAGCUACACUGUCCGUCAAAAGGACUUUGAGAUCAAUGAGCUCACUAUCGCCGUCAACGACCUUCGCGGCAAGUUGUGAGUUUCCCCCCCUCAAUCAAUCAAUAAAAUUAUUAAUUUCAGCGUGAAGCCAACACUGAAGAAGGUCUCUAAGACCGAAGGAAAGUUCGACAAGCUGAAGAAGAAGGAGGCCACGAAGGUGGACUUCCGUGCCCAGCUGAAGGUCGUCGACAAGAACGAGUUCGCCAUGGACGAGGAGGACGGGCAGAAGGAGAAGGCCGCCUGGGCCAAGUAA